AAGCCAGCCAUAUCCUAUGGCCCUCCAGGCUACAGCGCAGUUGCGGGACGCACCGUAACUGUAUUUGGUUGCACAGGAUUUUUGGGAAGAUACCUUGUCUCAAAGCUCGGGAAAAUGGGCACCCAAGUUGUCGUACCAUACCGCGAUGAGGACGAGGCUCGCCUUCUGAAACCAAUGGGCGAUUUAGGUCAAAUUGUUCGAAUGGAAUGGGACCUUCGUGAUGAGAAAACGAUAGCGGAGUGCCUCCGACACUCGGACACAGUGUUCAAUCUUGUUGGGCGAGAUUUUGAGACCAAGAAUUUCGAUUACAAGUCGGUUCAGGUUUUUGGAGCGGAGAGGAUUGCCAAAAUUGCUGCAGAGUCUGGCGUCUCACGUUUUAUUCAACUGUCACAUCUGAAUGCCUCGGAAAACUCUCCAUCCAAGUUUUAUGCCGCUAAAGCUGAGGGUGAACAACUUGUGAAGGCUGCGUUCCCGACUGCGACCAUCGUGAGACCUGCAACGAUGUUCGGUUACGAAGACAAACUUUUAACAAACAUGGCUGUAUGGCCUAUUUGGUGGAAUCUAAACCAUGGGCAAACAAGGGUCCGCCCGGUACAUGUCAUGGAAGUAGCACAAGCGCUGGCGAAUCUCAUUUCUCUCCCUCAACUCCCCCGCACCGUUAACCUUCCUGGGCCAUCAACGUUAACGCACGAGUACCUGCUCGAUUUGGUGUCAUCCGUGACGUUGCAACCACCUUCAAAAGCCCCUGUGCUGCCAAAAGGCGUCGCUUCUGCCCUAGCACGCAUUGGGCAGGCUGUUUGGUGGCCAGCGCUCAGUCCCGACGAGGUCAUUCGCCGCUUCAUAGAUGACUCUGAUGUGCCUGGUGACUGGGACCUCGUUGGAAUACAACCUUCGGAAAUCGAGGCCCAUGCCAUCGCCUACCUUCGACGAUAUCGAUCUGCGUAA